UUCUGAUUUAAUGAAUUAUUGAAGUUAUCUCACUGGCGACAAGGAUUGUGGAUCAAGUAGCCUACAGCAAUGGCAGCCACACACUAUGGAACUCUCAACAAUUACAGACCAGACCAAGAGUCUAUCAAGACCUACCUGGAUCAGGUAGACCUCUACUUCACGGCGAAUACAGUCCCUGAUGAUAAGCAAGUACCUAUUCUCCUCAGCUCCAUUGGUGCAACGACCUACAGUCUUCUAUGUGACUUGCUUGCACCUGAGGCUCCCAAAUCGAAGACAAAGGGAGAAAUAUUUGCUGCACUACGGAAGCACUACGAACCGACACGAGCGGUGAUCGCAGAACGUUUUCAUUUUCAAAAAAGGGAUCAAGUCCCUGACAAAUCUUUAGCAGAAUACGAUGCAGCUCUACGCAAGCUGGCAACACACUGCAAUUUUGGGGCGUAUCUCACUGAAGCCCUACGUGACCGUUUCGUUGCAGGACUCCGAAGCGAAGCAAUGCAAAGAAGACUAUUAGCCGAAACAGAACUUACUUUGAAGAGAGCAAUGGAAAUCGCACAGGGAAUGGAAGCAGCAGAAAGCAACACCAGAGCACUCAAGGCCAGCAACCCCUCCAUCAAGAGCAUACAAAGCAAAAGGAGACCGCAGCCAAACCAACCUUGUUACCGCUGUGGAAAGUCGAAUCACUCUGCAGCUGAUUGCCGUUUCAAGGAUGCAGAGUGUCACUCAUGUGGAAAGCAGGGACACAUAGCACCAGCCUGCCGCUCCAACCCACCCUCUCAGUUCAAGAAGACAGAGAAGAGACGAUUCAAAACUCACCUAGUGGAACCAGAUGGGAACAGCUCGACCAACUCAGAAGCUGACACUUACCACCUAUACCGAUUGACCGAGCCUUCUACACAGCCGAUCACAGUUACAGUCAAGAUCGAGGAUACUCCACUCAAGAUGGAAAUCGAUACCGGAGCUGCAAUAUCUAUUAUCUCUGAGGCCACCAGAAAGGCCAAGUUCUCUAAAUUCAAGCUGCGUAAGUCAAAUAUUUUGCUAAAGACAUAUACAGAUGAGGCUAUGAUGGUAACGGGUCAGAUUAAUGUGUGUGUUAAUUAUGGAGAACAGGUGGCUCGGCUGGUGCUGGUGGUGGUUGCUGGAAGUGGACCAAGUCUUUUUGGACGCAAUUGGCUGAAGUACCUCCAGUUGGACUGGAAAUGUAUUGCAACUGUCAAAUCUCCCCCUGCAGGUACACUAAAGAAUUUGUUACACGAAUACGAUUCAUUGUUCAAGGACGAGUUAGGUACUGUGACCUCACACAAAGCCACUCUCAGAGUACGGCCAGAUGCUACUCCUCGGUUUUUCAAACCACGUCCUGUUCCUUAUGCAACCAAAGAGGCUAUUGGAGAAGAAUUGGACCGCAUGGAGCAACAAGGUAUCAUCCAGAAAAUACCUAGCAGUGACUGGGCAGCACCGUUGGUCGCAGUUCCCAAGAAAGACGGACGUUUUCGACUCUGCGGCGACUAUAAAGUGACUAUCAACCAAGACCUUGAAGUUGAUCAGUACCCCUUGCCUAAACCCGAAGACCUAUUCGCAACACUAGCAAAUGGCUCCCUUUUCACUAAGCUUGAUUUGUCACAAGCGUAUCUACAGGUCGAACUCGAUAAGGACUCUACCAAAUACGUGACUAUCAACACCCAUCAAGGGUUAUACCAGUUCAGCCGACUUCCUUUUGGCGUGGCGUCAGCCCCAGCAAUAUUCCAAAGACUGAUGGACACCAUCCUACGUGGAGUGCCUCACGUUAUCUGCUACUUAGACGAUCUGUUGAUAACAGGAGUGGAUGAAGAAGACCACCUACACAAUCUGGAGCAAGUCCUCAAACUUUUUACGGAACACGGGUUGCGAUUGAAGAAGGAAAAAUGUAUCUUUUUGGCCAAGUCGGUAGAAUAUCUUGGUCAUCAGAUCAGCAAAGAGGGAAUCCAAGCUCUUCCAAGUAAAGUAGAUGCUAUUGCACAGGCUCCAGAACCAAAGAAUGUUCAAGAACUUCGCUCCUUCCUCGGGUUGCUGAACUACUACGGAAAGUUCAUCAAGAAUCUCUCUAGCAUCCUUUACCCAAUCAACCAACUUCUGCAAGCGAGUCAUAAGUGGGAUGGACACAGGAAUGUCAGGAAGCUUUUACAGAAGCAAAGAAACAACUUACAUCAUCUGAUGUGCUCACCCACUAUGACCCGGACCUACCAAUCAACAUGGCUGCGGACGCGUCAGCCUACGGCAUUGGAGCCGUUAUUUCUCAUGUACUACCAGACGGGGCUGAGAGACCAAUCUGUUUUGCUUCACGCACGCUAA